UUGAGAUUGUUAAAAGUUCAACAAUUCACUUCAGUCGUCGGCGACCGGCUCUGAGGUCCGGACCUUUCCUUUUGGAAAAAAAAGUGUUUCACCAUAUAUACUAGUCAGUGAUAAAAGUGACGCUGAAAAAUUAUUUUUUCAAAGUCAUAAACUCGUUUUGAAAAACGAGCUUUAUUUGGAGAGAGAUAUAGAAGAAUGCUUCGAGUUUUUUUUGUCACUUUUUUUUUCUUACUCGGAGGUAAUCUAGUUUAUAAAGUUUCUGGCCAUGGAAGAUUAAUUGAACCACCAUCGAGGGCCUCUAUGUGGAGGUUUGGAUUUAAUACACCUGAAAAUUAUAAUGAUCAUGAAUUAUAUUGCGGUGGUUAUAGUCGACAGUGGACUCGAAAUAAUGGGAAAUGUGGAAUUUGCGGAGAUGCAUGGGACAUGAAGAAGCCACGUCCACACGAAUCAGGAGGACUCUAUGGAAAUAAUAUAAUUGUUCGAAAAUAUAAAACAGGAUCAAUUAUUCCAAUACGCAUUGAAUUAACUGCAAAUCAUAACGGAUAUUUUGAAUUUCGUACGUGUCCAAUGAGUUAUAAAGGUAUUGAAGUAACACAAGAUUGUUUAGAUAAAAAUCUUCUUCAUGGUGAAAAUGGAACAAUUCGAUAUUAUCCUGGACCAGGAAAUGGAAUUUUUGAAAGUUAUUAUAAAUUACCAGAAGGAUUAACAUGUGUACAAUGUGUAUUUCAAUGGCGUUAUGUAGCUGGAAAUAAUUGGGGAAAUUGCGAAAAUGGCACUGGCGCGGUGGGAUGUGGACCUCAAGAAGAAUUUAGAUCAUGCGCUGAUAUUGCAAUUGGCGAUAAUGUUGCACCAUUACCACCGAGACCAAAAAUUCCCACAACACCAUCGUCAACAGAAACGGACUAUUUACCCGACUAUCCAACACCAUUGUGGCUUUACAGUCUCAUUAUUGCUGGUACGUGCCUUUUGGUUGCACUUGCCGCAUUGGCAUUACUUUACACGUACUACUAUCACGCUGGUAGAGCCAAAAAAUGGCUUAUGUCAAGAAGAUUCAUGGAAUCAUCAUCACCACCACCGGUUGCUCCUCCAAGGCAUAAAAGACAUUUUUCAACUGCACAAUUACAAUUGUAAUUAUAAUUCACAAAAAUUUCACACAAUUUAAUAUUGUUAGCCAUUAUUAUUAUUAUUAUUAUUCUACAUCGAAAAUUUAUUUCUAUAAAAAUUUUGCAGCACGCUUUUAUUUUAAAAUAGAAAAAAAUCUUAAAAAUUUUUUUUUCAAACAGGUUUCGUUCUAAAAAAUUACAAAAAAAAAUUUAAAGAAAUUGUAAUUUAUUAUUUAAUUGGUUGAGAAAAAGAUUAGAAUAAAAUCGUGCUUUAGGAUAGUUGGAAAAUGUGUAAAUAAGACUGUAUUUAUAUAUUUAUAUAUUAUAUAUAUAAAUUAUUUAUUUUGUAGAAAAACAUGCUCUUUUUUUU